GCUAUGGCAACCACUCUACACAACUAUGGCGCUGAGGGACGUCGACAGAAUGAGUGAAAAAACCUUUUAGCCGCCACAGCUUCAGAUAAAAUGACGUGUGUGUCUCUAAAUGUUUCUUCUCUUCAAGUCUGUUUCUGUUUUGACGUUGACUUUGCGUGCUGUAAACUGUGAGUUCCUGUCAGUUUACCCCGCUGAGCUCAAUAAGUUAGCUUAGCUGUUUAGCAAAUAUACCAUGUAACGUUAGCCUGUGUUAGCUGUUAGCUGUCAGUGUUUCUGUACAAUGCUGGAAGAACCAGAAACGAGGGGAGCACAACGGUGUGAGCCGUGUGUGGACAGUCACAGACCAGCAUCUGGAAAGUCACAGGACAUUUCUCAUGUGUUGGCAAGCGUUUUCAAGGACCUUUACACUAAAGACAUCAUAGGGAAAGACACUGUGUCCAACCUCAUCAAGACUAAGAAUGGACGAAGCAGCUACCAUGACAGAUACGUUGAAGAGCUUCAACAGGCUCAUGCUGAAUACAGCCGGCGUGUGGAAGAGGCUGACAUGUUGGAGGCUCAUAUAAUUCAGGCCAGAGCUCGGGCUGCUGCCACAGAGAAACAGGCAUAUGAGAAUAUGAAAGAGAUGAUGGGAGAUGUUUCCGAUCACCAGGGCCUCCCCACAGUCAAAUCAGCCUUUUCCUGGUGUGUGGACAAUGAUCUUCUCAAAAUGAACAACCUGAUUUCCCCCCAGGACUACUUGCCAGCAUAUAAGCCACAGAUGCAACCACCAGCACCAAUAAAAUCAGAUCUCGCCAAACCCACCAUCGCCUACACCAUGCAUGUGUCCAGGGAGCCCCAGGAUGAUGGUUACACUCUAAUUCCCAGUCCUGAGAGUACAGUGCGAGAAAUGUCAGAUCUCAGUCUGACCUUCGAAUCCAGCUCAGACAUCUCAAGGACGAAAUCUCCCAAGGAGAAGCUGAACCAGACCAAACCCAGACCAAAGUGGAAGGAUGAGCCGAGCGCACAGGAUCGGGCGGAGGGAUGGGCAAAACUCCAGAAGUUGAAAGAUCGACACAGCUUCCUACGCAACCCUCGCUUCCAACCUCCGAACGCACAGCAGGGCGGCGCAUCCCUCAUCCGGCCCAGAGGCAAAGCAGGGAAGACAGAGCAUGUGAGGAAAGGGAUGGAGAACAGCUCCACUGAUGAACUUGUCCCAGUCUUCCUUGCAAAGCCUUCAGUGGUGGUUUUCACCAACUACAGUGUGGGACAUGUUUAUGAGACUACACUUGAGCUGAAAAACUUGACUUCUGCGAGCCGCCAUGUCCGUGUCGUCCCUCCUACCACUCCUUACUUCUCUAUUGGCCUGGGGAGAUUCCCAGGUGAGGGUGGUGUUGUCGCCCCAGGGAUGAGCUGUAAGUACACAGUCCACUUCGCUCCAGACUCUCUGGGAGACUUCGAGGACUUCCUCGUGGUGGAGACCCAGGAUGAACACAUGCUUGUGGUGCCCAUCGCAGCCACACGACCCCCUCCAGUACUCACAUUACCAAGAGUUCUGGACUGUGGUUGUUGUCUGAUCGGAGGAGUGAAGUUUGUUGAGUUCCUGUGCCAGAAUGUUGGUCUCAGUGCUGGGACCUUCUGCAUCAUCCCCAAGAAUCAGUGGCCAGCCUCGAACCUCAGGUCUGUGGCAAGAACUUACUUUUCUGAGCAGCCACCCUUUGCAGUGAGCCCAUCUCUUUUUGUGCUGCAGCCUGGAGAGGCCACUGUAGUUGAGGUGGUUUUCUUUCCCACCACUGCUGACAAGAGCUGUCAGGUUUUCACUGUUGUGUGCGACAACUGCCAGGUGAAAGACAUUUCUGUUGAAGGUGAGGGUCAGCUGAUUGCACUCGAGUUCGUGUCUGUGUCUGGGGAGAAGGAGCCUCCUGUGGUGGGAGAGGCGCACGACCUCACUGCAGAGCACUUUGUCCGUUUCAGCCCGUGUAACCCUCACUCCGUGCAACAGAAGAAAAUCAUCAUUAGAAACAAUGUACACUUGGAGCUUCCUUUCCACUGGCAGAUCAUGAAGCCCAAUCUGCACCCUCUGCUUCCUGGGGAAACCCCAGAGCCCUCUCAUAUCCAGUUUCACCUGGCCACAGAUGAUGUUUUCCACGUCAGCCCACCAACAGGGGUUCUGGCUCCCUGCAAGGAAGAGGAGUUUCUCUUCACCUUCUGUCCUAAAGAAUUAAAGGAUUACCACAGCGUCUGUCACCUAGUCUUGAGGGACAUCCCCCACCUGCCACCAGAGCCCAGUGAUGAUGGUGUCCUUCAGCCUGUGCGCACUGGCUCCAGAGUGAGCGAUGUCAUUGUCAUGGAGAUAGAGGUCAAGGGGUCAACCGAGCCACACCAGGUCCUACUGGAGCCAUAUGCUGUUGUGAUCCCUGGAGAGAUCUUUAUUUGCACAUCCACUCGCAGACAAUUCAAGAUGUGGAAUUACAGCAAAUCCUGCAUCUUUUUCCAUUGGGAGAGAAUGAACAGCAGCCGACACAUAAUGGAAGUAGAGCCCUCUACUGGUAGAAUAGAGGAAAACGAGUGUUUUGAUUUCGACCUCAUUGUGACUGGAGGGAAACCAGAGAGGGUGGUGACCAGUGUGGUCUGCCAUGUAGAGCAUCAUCAUGAGCCGGUCACUUUAUCUGUGGAAGUUGCCUUUAAAGGUCCCAUAGUGACCCUCAGCGUCCCUGAUGUGGACUUUGGGCUCGUGAAGCUUGGGGAGCAGACACAGACUACGCUGCUCCUCACCAACAUCUCUCCACUGGAGGCGUCCUGGAUGCUGACGGAGAGGCCAGACCAUCAAGACACACAGAUCUCUGUUGCCCAGAUCUCUAUCGAGCCACACAGAGGUGUGCUGCCCCCGUUGGCGUCUUGCAGUGUGGAUGUGCUCUUUAUGCCACAUUUCUGCCAGCGAUAUGAAACAGAGCUGGAGUUGACAGUUGAAGAUGGAACGGGAUGUCACCUGUCGGUGCGAGCAGAUGUGCGGUCUCCUCAGGUGUGUCUGCUGAGCUGCGAGCUGCUCCUGUCUGAACUCUACAUUGGAGUUCCUGCUGUAUCAACUGUCACGCUCUACAAUCAGACCGUGCUGCCGUCACACUUCAGCUGGAUGGCUCAGCUUCAGGGGAAACACGCUGAACUGUGUGCGGCCAGUUUUGAACCCUCCUCUGGUACUCUGGGACCUAACACCAGCAUGGAGAUUACCGUUAACUUUGUCUCUCACACAGAGCUGGAGCUGAAUGAGGUUACUGCCCUCUGUGAGGUCCAGGAAAUGAACUCUCCUCUGGUUCUCAGCAUCGUAGCCUCAAAAGCCAAGAAACUCAGCGUGUCCUACUCCCUGCCCAGUGUCUGGCCUGCGCCAGAUGAUGAGAGCCCUUCAACACUGUUACUGGACUUUGGAGAUGAUGUCAUCAUAAAGAGAGCUGUUACGAAGCAGUUAUCGAUAACAAAUCAGACUGCUAUCCCUGCUCCUUUCACCAUAGAGGUGGAGUACUUCAUCUGCCAUGCCUCAAUGCCAAACAGCCCGUCUGAGAAAAGAUUCACAUACACAAAGAAGCCACUUCACUCGUUUCAAGCCAAGAAAAUAGAAGAAAAAGCGCACGAGGAGUUUGUGAGCAGCCUGCUGGCUCAUGGAAAAGGAGCAGCUUUCUUUGUUUCACCAGACACCGGACUGCUGGGACCUUUUGAGACGCGGACUGUGGAUGUCACUGCCUACACUGACAUGUGGGGGGAAUACAGAGAUCAACUCAUAUGCAAAGUUGGGGACCUUGAGCCCACGCUCAUUCCCAUGCAGAUGACAGUAAGAGGCUGCCCGCUCUACUUCCAAAUGACAGGCCCACGUCCAGAUGGCCAGAACCAGGGACCGACCAUACAGUUUGGCACCUGUGUAUCUGGAAGUGACACAGUGUCUCGUUCUCUCCGCAUCAACAAUCCAACCAUGUUCGAUAUUCGCAUGGACUGGGAAUCGUAUAAUGUAGAUCCGAACGACCCUAAGCUGGUGGAUCUUGUGGUCGCAUACGGAGACGCCUUUCCACUUAAAGAUGCGGAUGGCAAUGAGGUGUUUAGCGGAGCGUUAAGGAUUCCUGAUGGGAGCAUUCAAACAGGCUGGGAGAGAAAUGAGAGCCUGGUCUCUGAGGGCACAAGCUCCUCCCUCCAAAGCGUGAGUGAUGAGGAAGGGCAAGAAGAUAUAUCUGAAGAUGUCUGUGAGGAAGAGGAAACACGUCUUUACCUCUUUCCUGCAAAGAAAAAGCUGUUGUCUGUCCACAUCAGACCUCAUUUGGGCAACCUCUCGGAUUACCCAUACUGCAUCACACCUCAGCAAAUAGUGAUUCCAGCAAAAGGAAGCGGCACAAUCCACGUGUCUUUCACUCCUCCGAUUCUUUCCGGGUCAGUUUGUGAGUCCAGGUGUGUUGGAGUGGCUCUAGGCUUCAUGAGCCUAGACUGCGAGAUGGCUGCCUGUGUCCGAGGUAAAGUUGGCAGAGCUCAGGGUUUGGAUUUGGAGCCUGUCAGAAUGGAUCUACUUGCAGUCGUAAAGCCUGGAGUGCUGUUGGUGCAGAUGGAGGAGGACGACGGGGUGCUGGAGUUUCGUGCCUCAGCCGGUGAUUUACUGGGGGGAGAAUCAGCCAAGGAGACAGUAGUACGUGAACUUGACAUCACACAGACCCUUCAGCUGAAAAACAACUCAGAGAUGCUCCUACACUUCACACUGGGGACUCAGCCUCCGUUUUUAGUGCUCAAGCCGCAGCCUCGGGCCCGGACCAGCAACUCCAGCAACCCGCCUACUGGUGACAGUCAGUCUCUGGUGCUGCAGCCUCAACACAGCAUGCAGGUGACAGUUGCCUUCCACUGUUCCUUGUCCCUUCUGGACCAUGCAGACCAGUUGGAUGAGGAGGUCCAUCCUGGGGUGACGCUGAUCCAGAGUGCAGCUGGUGAGAGGAAGCUGAGGUUCGAGCAAAACCUCCUGAUUCACUACAGCAGCAGCAGUCUGCAGACGGUGCCUCUCUGCGCUCAUUUGCUUCUCGCUACAAUACGCCUGUCCACCGACAGCGUCAACUUUGGGUUCUGCUACGUGGGCCAGACACACAGAAAAGAAGUCAACCUCUACAGCCAAGGAGCCCACACACACUGGACAUCACUUCUAGAGUCAGAUGAAGGAGACUCUCCUGUGUUCAGUGUGACUCCAGACUUUGGGUUCCUCAGGUCCAAGGAGCUUCACGUCACUAAAUGCAGCCAGUGUCUGCAGAUCAGCUUCACUCCCAGUGAGGACAGAGAGUUCAAGGCCACUCUGGUAAUCCGCUCUCCUCUGGUGAAGACCCCCCUCACUCUGCAGCUAAUGGGAAGGGGAUCCUUUGAUGAAAUGUACAAGUCCGAGUUGAUGUCUUCAGUCACGCAGUCGCCACCUGCUAUUUAACCUGCUCACCUUAAAACCUCUUAUUUAUUGUCUUUUUUGUAAGAAUUUAUAUAAAUAUAAAGAACAACGUG